UCUGCUUGUCUGCCCUCCUGGCAGAUAAGGUCUUUCACUUCCUGUUGCUGUGGUGUUGCUUCAGGAUUCCUCUUCAGGAAUACUUCAAGAGCUCCAACUCCAGACUCCCUCAGAGACUGAACAGCCACCAGAUUCUCAGCCUUACUGGCACGAGACAGCCAUUGUGGGACCCCUCAGGCCACAUCCUCUAAGCCAGUCUAACAACUCUCCUUUUAAUACAUAUUGUCUGUCAUUUCUGUUCCUCUAGAGAAGCCUGACUAAUGCUGAAGUUAUUUCUGAAGACCACAGAAAUUCCUUUGGGACUACCUCCCCGCUCAAACUCUGAUGCCGCCUUACAAGAAUCUGUUUUAUAGGUGCUGUGUCACUGAGAAGCACUGACGAGAUGGCGUUAAGAACAAAAUGAGCUGCACGCCAUAUAUGGAGAAAUCCAGUGCGUCAGUUUCAUAAUGACUUUAUGUUCUGCUUUCAGGCUUCGCAAGCUGAAGCCGACUGUUCUUGGGAAAGCUGGCCAUGAAGAAACAGUGCUGAAGAUUGGUAGCUCAGGGGCAGAACCCUUACCCAGCACAAAGAACCCUGGGUUCAGCCUCCAGCACAGGAAAAAAAAAGUCUGAAAACUGAGAAGACUAAGCGUUCUAUCAGAACCCCGGGGCUCUGGGCUCUAGGUCCAUCCUCAGGCAGAGAGAUCAUGCAGGCCAUCCUUGCUAUGAUGGUCUGCAUGGCUUCUUCCGUUUCUAGUUCUUCAUAUACAGCGAUGACUUUGCCUGAUGUAACCAAUGAGGAUUUCAUCCAAGAAUGUGUUCAAACUCACAACCAAUAUCGGUCAAAAGUGAAUCCGACGGCCACGAAUAUGCUGUACAUGACUUGGGACCCAGAACUAGCCCGCAUUGCAAAAUCAUGGGCAAAAGUUUGUCGGUUUUCACACAACCCACAGCUGAAAUCAGGGCUGCACCCAAACUUCACCUCAGUGGGAGAAAAUAUCUGGACUGGAUCUUUAACCCUCUUUUCGGCAUCUUCAGCCAUCUCAGACUGGUAUGAUGAAAUCAAGAAUUAUGACUUUACGACUAGGAGAUGCUCAAAUGUCUGUGGCCAUUACACUCAGGUUGUUUGGGCAGAUAGUUACAAGGUUGGCUGCGCAGUGCAAUUUUGCCCUAAAGUCACUAACUUUGCAAGCCUUUCUAAUGGAGCACAUUUUGUAUGCAACUAUGGACCAGGAGGGAAUUACCCAACAUGGCCAUACAAUCAAGGACCCACUUGCAGUGACUGCCCAAAAGAUGACAGGUGUCUUAACAAUCUCUGCAUUAACCCACAAAGAGAUCGUGUCUCACGUAUGUAUGCAAACCUAAACCGUUUGACUGGACCCUGUGUGGACUGGGGUUGGGGCCUGGGUCAGCACAUCCUGAGAAACUCUAAGAGCACUCUGUUUGUUUCACAGGUUACUACUCUGGUGACUAUCCAGGAAGACCCACCUAUCUACGUAACAGAUACACAUCUCUCUUUCUCAUUGUUAAGGCAGUCCUUCUGAUACUGUCUGUUAUAGUUACCAUUUUGGUAAAGCACAAAUACCCUAAUUUAGUUCUUUUGGACUAAUGCCAUCGUUGGGGAGGGGGGAGGUGCAACUUAUGAAUAAGUGGCUAUUGUAAAAUGUUUGAGAAAAAUGUUUCAAUGAAGCCUUAGAAAUGCUUAGUUCUCUAAA